AGUCUCAUAUGUGUUGGUUCCACAACUCAGUGUCCCCGCGGUUCCAUUGUCGUACAAACUUUCCUCCAAUUUUUCUUGUAUUUUCCACUAUUUAAUUGACUAAAAUGCCGCGCCGACGGAUCGUAGAGGACAGCAGUGACGAGGAGCCGUCACAGAGCCAACCAGCAUCACAGCUGUCACAGAGUCAGGGCGGUGGUGAGAUCUCUGACCAGGACAAGAAAGUGCUUGCUGGCAAUGUUUGCAACUACUUCUUGGUGUCUGAUUGCAAAAAGAUUCCAGCAAAAAGAUCAGAUAUUGUUAAGUCUGUCCUAAAAGACCAUGGUAGACAUUUCAAAGAAGUAAUGGCCGAAGCUAAUCGAAUAAUGGAAAGGGUCUAUGGGUACAAAGUAGUGGAGCUGGAGAAGAAGAAUCAGUUCAUCAUGAUUAACACCCUGAUGAUGAACAAUCAAGAUGAUGACGACUUGCUGUUGGCUCCCACAAGCAAUAGUGAAGUGGCCAACAUCGGACUCGUAACAGCCAUUCUUGCUGGAAUUUUCAUGUCAGGCCAAGUGAUGCAGGAAGGGCCAAUGCGGGAGUAUUUGAAAAAACUCGGCAUUGAUAUUGACUCCCGAGAAGAGCACCCUACCUUUGGCAACGUCACAAGAUAUAUUCAUCAAGACCUUGUAAGACAGCAGUACCUCCAGAUCACCCUGAACAAAGAUGUGGAACCUCCCUCCAAUGAAUACCGCUGGGGGGAACGAGCACACAAAGAGUUGAGCAAGAAGGAUAUUCUCGAGUUAGUUUGCAAGGUGUAUGGAAAUCAGACUAGACCAGAGGAUUGGGUUGCCCAGUGGAAGAUUGUCAAAAAGGAGGAAAAAGAGAGCUGACAUGUUUGUCAUGUUACAAAGUCUUUUUUUUUUUUUACUUUCUUUCUUUCUUUCAAAUUUUCUGUUUUUUCAUGUGACAUGAAUGACUUUUUGUAGUCUGUUGCUAAUGCUUGAAUUAUAUUACUUGAAUGUCUCUAAGAAAUAUUCCUGUUACUAGAAUUGUAGUUGUUCUUAGUGUACACUUUUUAAGUCGGAAUUGAGAGGAGUACAUGAAAUAGCAGAUUUGACAGUCAUUGAUAUUUUUAUAUAUUUGUGCAGGUGCUCAGCAUAUAAAUAUUAUUGAUAAA